UUUAGUGAGCAAAAUUGUAAUAAUAACAAGAGUAGUGUUGAAAGUGGCAGUAGUAGAAGUAGUAGUCAAAAUAAUGUUAUUGUUAAUUAUAAUCUUGCACCGAGUUGGAAACGGCUGAUACACAAUGGAGAAAUUGUCUAUGUCAGUCCUUCCGAUGCAACAUUGCGUGAUAUUAUGCAAGUCAAACAAUACCUACUUAGCACAGGAACAUGCAAAUGUGGACUUCCAUGCCCCAUCAGACCAGAAUCGUUCUUUGAUUUCAACAUCGAGAAUCCAACUGUACAAAUGUCACCAUCCGUAACGGACAGCAUCAAUUCCUCGUGUUGUUCCCACAGGCGAUACGCAGAGACCACUAGUCAAGAUUCCGGAAAUAGUCGAGAUUCAUCCAUCGUGCCACCCGAGAGGAAAAUUAAAGUGACACAACAUCUUUUGACGCCAGGCAUGCAAGACGGCAAACUAAUGGAGCCCAUAAACGGUCGCGUUCCACCCUUGCAUUCAUCAACCGGCAACAUGUGGAACGGCACCACGGAAGAUUCUGCCCCAAAACCAACACAAUUUACCAAGACAAAAGUCGUGAAGAAACGUCCAACGUUCAAAGACGACCCCACUGGCUAUCUAAAUCACCAAACGGCGAUAUUGCACAGUUCGAUAUCGACCAUUUACUCCGACGCAAAAGAAGAACAACCCGACGAACCGGAAGAAAUUCGUCCAAAAACGUUCGUUCCGCAGCAGCAGCAGCAACAACCACCAUAUCCCAGUCAACGAAUUCGUGAUGUGCCUGAGCCCCGAGAACCGUUAAAAGAUGGCAGCGAACCGCGAAACGGCAUCGUGCAAAAUUGUGAUAUGCGACACAUUAAGCAACAAAUCCAGCAUCAAAUUGAGCAACGGAACCUCUUGAUUAAGCAAAAUCAGCAAUUAGCGCGAAUUCGGAGCAACACCAAGCAAAAUGACGUCACGCCGGAUAAAUCUUACGUUUUUGUCCAAUCGCCGAUUGAGUCACCGGUGUCAUCGAGUACAGCUGGAAUGCAUCGCAGCACCCCGGAAAAUCGUUCGGCAAGCAGUACACCCGACUCCAAAGGUCCCUUGCAAGCGACAAAUGUCACAACGAGCAACAAUGAUAGCAACAGUCUCUCGAGUGCGUCUCCGUCGCCCGAAUAUAUUUCCGGAAAUGGCGCGACUUUUGCUGUCAAACGCAAAGUCGACAGUUUACAGGAGCAAAAAAGCAUCGUGACGUCAGUUGUGGCUGGGAGAAAUAUCACGACAACCACAAAUGCUGGAAUUUUAUCGAGCGCCAACAUGCCGGAUGGCGGAAUUUUCACGCCGAACGGAACAAUCGUCUAUAAACGCCCGGCGGCACCGAAACAAGCUGGAAUGCCAUCAACUAUGAUCCAGAAUUGCGCCCAACAACAGCUAAACUUACAAACUUUGCAACGCGGCGACCAAGGACAAUUCAUUAUAACACCCAAUUCGCAAGUUGUGAUGAUGCCGGGAGGAGCGACAGCCCAAAAAAACAUGAUUUCCACCGGAAAUUCGAGUCUUGGGCAAUUUGUCGGUGGAAAUAUCGUCACAAUUGGCAAUAAUGGCGAACAGCAGAUGUUACAAAGUCCUAAUAGUGGCGUCAUUAUCCAAAAUUCGCCUCAGCAAGGCUUCCUGCAGUCCUCAAAUAACAUCAUUACGAACAAUAAUCCCAACUUUGUGGGUAAUUUGCAGCAGAUGAUCUUAAAUAACGGCACAAAUAUCAUCCAUUCACCCAAUUUGGCGUCUCCGAAUGCCACAAAUAUGAUAACUACCGUUCCAGCUGCCAGCCCAAAAAUGAUUCAAUCUGCCGGGAACACAGUUCAAGUCAUCCAGAACUCCUCGUCGAACAUGGGACAACAAAUUAUCACGCAAAACGGGCAAACGGUGGUGCUGAAUCAACUCCCGAACGGCAUGAUAGUGCAACAGCCUGUUGACGGCCAAAUUGUGAAUCGCAUCAUUCAAGAUGGCAGCGGCAUGAUGUUGUCGCCCGAUUCAAAAAGGAAGACGAAAAAACGCAAAGGCACGAUAACGCCGCAGGGAAUGUCGCCGUUGCAACUUUCGCCAACAAUUCAACAACAGGCGUCGCCAGCUGCCCCCAGUCCAGGCAAUUCGAUGCUUCACGUGAACGCCAUUUCGCCCCAGUACCAGAAUCAAAACUUCCAAUUGAGUCCCGGGCUGUCGGGAUUGACAAUUGUGCCGAAAACACAAGCCACGAACGCUACCCAGCCUCAGCAGCAGAUUCUAGUGCAAAAUGGGCAGACAGUUAUUCAGCCUCUGGGGUUGUUAGGACAACAACUGCUCGUUCCCGCUGGCUUGGUCAUCACUCCGGACAAUAAUUUGGUGCAAAUUCAGAGUAUCGGGCAAAUGGGGAACAUCAUAACGCCCCAAGGCAUGGUAAUUCGGGCACAAAGUCCGCAACAAAAACAAUUUUUGUCGCCCAGCGCCGGGCAGUAUAUCGUCAGCAACAACGGUCAAGUGAGUCCAAUGGGCCAGAUUUACGGUGGCUCCGUCGGAUUAGUUCAAGUGCCUCAAUCUAAUGCAACAAACGGACAAAAUGCGGGUAUUUUGCAGCAGAAUAUUGUUCAACAACAACAACCGAAUCAGGCGACGUCCCAAGCGACAACAAUUAUCAACAGUCAAGGACAGUUUAUCACGUCGGCAGGGCAGCAACAUAGCACCACAACGGGAAUUAUGACGACAACGACGACAAAUAGCAUGAAGGAUUUUUUAAAUGCCGGACAUUCUGUUAGUACGCAAACGGCGCAGCAACAACUGCUGUUGCAAUCGUCGCCGCCCGACACGACAACGCAUAGUCCGCAGAGUCCCGAAAGGCCUUCCAGUGCAAGGAGUGGCGCGAGUUAUGAGGGAAUGGCAAUGGUUCAAUGCGUUUCCAGCUCCGAGCCAGACUCCGUUGUAUCUCCCACGAACAUCGAUGGCAGUCAAUUGAACAUGCAAAGCAACCACAUCGAAUAUAUCGAGCAAAAAUCCGGUCAAGUCGUUCAGUAUCUCACCUCAUCAUCGACCUCAUUCAAGCCAUCCGAUCCGAAAAUCAAGAGGAUUCAGAUGAAUGCUCGUCGUAACAACUUUUACAUGUCACCCGUCACUAACUUUACAUCACAACACUUUGACAAAAAUCUCACCACAACGACCUCCGAUGACGUCUUUAACUCUCGUCCGGACUCCCAUGGUAGGUGCAAACCCACAAAAAUUACAGAAUCUUCGUCAAAUUCGCCGACUCAGUCAUCGAUAUCGGCGUCUCCUGAAACGAAAAAAUCCGCAUUUCGCCCGGCUGUCAAUGAAUUAGUGUGGGGUCCGGCGAGAGGAUAUCCUGCAUGGCCGGGAAAAAUCGUCGUUGGGCCCGAGGGAGUGACCACUCCCGUUGAUUGCGUGUGGAUUCGAUGGUUUGGAGGACGAGCAAAUGUUGAAAUGACAUCCGUGAAUGGACUGAAAACCCUGUCGGAGGGACUAGAAGCGCAUCAUAGUGCCUUAAAGGACACCAGAAAGAGCCGAAAAUUAAACUCUCAAUUAGAACGUGCCAUACAAGAAGCCAUGGCUGAACUUGAUCAGACCCCCGCGAAAACCACCAACUUAGGUAAAAACACAAAGAAAUCCGCAUCACAACUUGCGAAGGGAGGCCGAAAUCGUGCCGCUGCCGCAUUAAACAAUAAUAACCAAAGAAAACCAGUGAAAAUAGCCCCAGCACCAACAGCUUCCAACAUUAAAUGAUGGCGAUGGAAAAAAUUUCCACUGAAACUUUAAAAAAAAUUUUAAAAAUUAAAUUUAAACUAUUCAUAAGUAAACUCGAAAUUUAUAUAAUCACAAG